GUUUGGUGCUAUCUAAACUCCAAAUCUUGACUUUUGUUCACGCAGAGAUCUUUUCAUAAUAGCAUAUAAAUAGAUGUGUACAUGCCCCAUAUGCUCCUUCACAAAUGUCCCAAAACCUCAUCUAGACUUCUUCUUCCUCUAGAAAGGGUGGAGGCAAAAGGCAAAAGGCAAAUGCAUCAUCAAGCUCCAUCCUCAGUUUCUCUAUAUGAUCAUCGUAACGAUAGUACUACUGCAAAUCAUGAAAAUCACUUCAAAGUCAUUCAUGGUGAUGCUGAUCAUGAUGAUGGCAAUCGCCACAGUGCCGUGCGGUGGGCAUCCUCAAGCUUUGAAGAUUCAGCAGCAGCUUCGUCCAUUACUGGGUCGUCAUCACCAUCAUCUUCAUCAUCAGAUCAUGACUGGGUUGACGAUGCUCCUUCUUCUUCUUCUUCUUCAUCGACUUCUUGUCCUUCAUCCUCAUCGCCCUCCAUUAAUGGACCUCUACAUGAAUUAUCAGAGCUGAUGGCCCAUCUGGCUACCAAGCCGCGAGGGCUUUCGGCGUAUUACAAAGGCAAGUCUCAAUCAUUUACAUGUCUUUCAAUGGUGAGGAGCAUAGAAGAUCUUCCAAAGAGAAAGCCCCCUUCCUCUUAUAGGAGAAAAAUGAAGGCAUGGAAGAGCUAUGGAGCAGCGGCUGGUUUGGACAGUACCCACAAAUUGUACUGCAAUAUUUCCAAGGCCACCAUAGCAAAGAAGGCUUCUAGGGGUUAUUUGCCACCUUCAUCUAAGAGUGGCAAAGAAUUGUUUUAGAGAUGUAGCUAGCCAUCCAAAGCUAGAUACAAUAACUCCAAUACCAUGUUUGGGAACAUAAAUUUCGGAUUUUCAAUUUAAAUUUGAAUGAAUUUGGACAAAUUUGAAUUUGAAUUUAAAUUUGAAUAAAUUUGGACAAAUUUGAAUA